CACAAACGCCGCGAAGAACCACGCGAACCGAACCACCCACGCCCUGCCUCACCUCACACCACCAGGGAAGUGGAGAGGAGGCGGCGAAACACAAGAGAAACCGCAGCCGCCACCGGGAAGCAGCCGGCAGGGCAAUGGGCAACAGCAUCGGCGGCCGGCGCAAGGGCGCCAAGGUGAUGCAGCUGGACGGCACCGCCUUCAGGGUGAAGCCGCCGGCGUACGCGGGCGCGGUGCUGCGCGACCACCCGGGCUUCCAGCUGCUCGAGUCGGAGCAGGUCAAGCUGCUCGGCGUCCGCGCGCGCCCGCUCGACCACGACGCGCUGCUCCGCCCGGGCCGCCUCUAUUUCCUCGUCGCGCUACCCCGCCCCACCGUGCCCCCGCGCCGCGCCUGGUCCGGCGCUCUCCACGUCGGCGCGCGCGAGAGGCUCGAGUCGCUCAUGCUCACGCGCCGCUCCACCUCCGACCUCUCCUUCCCGACCGCGCCGGCCUCCCCGAUGUCCACCGCCUCCGAGGGCGGGCCGGUCCAGCUCAGGAUGCGCCUGCCCAAGGCGCAGCUCGCCAAGCUUAUGGGCGAGAGCCGGGACGCCGCCGAGGCGGCCGCUAAGAUUAUGCAGCUCUGCGCCGCCAACGGUGGGAACGGCGCUGUGACGCCGGAGCGGAGCCCGCGGUUCCUACCGACGGCGGACUGGGGCACUGGUGGGUUCGCGCAGACGCCAGAGCGGAACCCACGGUUCGUGCCGACGCCGGACUGGGGCGCCGGCAGGUUCGCGCAGACCCCAGAGCGGAGUCCCAGGUUCGCCGUAACGCCCGAGUGGGGUGCCAGGUUCAUGAUGCAGACACCGGAGAGGGGUGCAGAGACGGCGAAGACGCCGGAUAGGUGGUCUGCUCUACCCCGCACGCCGGAGUAUGCAUCAGCGGACGUCAAGGCCAGCCGCAAGGAGAAGCGAACGCGGUUCGUGGCCUUGCCGGAUGAGAUCAUAGCAUGAUGACUUUUCAUCUACAUGAAGCGAGAGAGCUGGUUACUGUCUGCAGCACCGCAAGCAUGUUGAUGGCCUCUUCAGAUUCAGAGUGUGGACAACUCACCCGUGGAACGAUAGGGUUAGUGGUUUCAUGGACAGUAACUCCGCCUCGUGGAACAUCCAGAAGCUGCAAGAAGUCGAGGUGCUCUGGAGUACCUCGUCCCCAUGGGACAAGGUGAUUUGUGGGCAUGCUUUUUCGACAAAAAAGGCACGUUCACUAUUCAUUCAGCGUACAAUAUGCUGGUGAGUAUCAAAACCAAGCUCGGAUACUAGGAAGCAAGUGAAGAAUUGGGCGAAUAUGUGGCAAUACUUUGGAGGCAACCCAACUCAUUGGGGCAUUCGCUUGUGGACUGCACCAUGGCGAAGUGCGUAUGGGUGCUCGUAGAUGAAGACUAGAACAUCGAUGGUGUGCAUUGUCCGUGCCGGUCUAUUGUACAGUAAAUAUAUAAAUACAAGAUACAAGAAACAUAUUAAAAUUUGCACAAA